UGUUCUUCGUGUUUCUUUCGUAAGACCUAUGUUAACUAGCGGAAUCCAACUUAUGUCUAUUUUUUUGUUAAAGUUUUCAUAUUUUUCCCGUCUUAUCUUUCUGAUUUAAGCGUCACUUCAGUUACCAUUUGUGUUGAAUUGUUUUAAAUUAUUGGCUGAUUUUCGUUCUCCUCCAUUUCUUGUUAGAACAUGUUUAUUGGACGGUUCUUAGGUUGAGUUCUUAGCAGAAUAUAAAAAACCGUUUUUUAACUUUUAACUAAAAAAAUUAAGAACCGGCUCUUAGAGCACAUCCAACGCUGAAACGUUCGACUCGAUAACCAAGGUAGAUUAUUUUAAUAUUUUUACUUUUUUCAGCUUUAAAAAAAAAAAAAAAAUAAAUAAAUAAGGGAGCCAAUUGCGGGAUCCCACAUGACGGUGGGACCCGUGCACAGUGAUGAACCUUGCAGAGAGUUAAUCCUUCGCUACGAACUUUAAGAGAUUAUUAUGGCACAAUUUCUUAAAUUUUUUAGGUCCCACAUAUUAUAAAAAUCAUUUAGUGCUAAGGAUUUUUUCCUAAGGAGCUGUGUUGGAGCUGUUCUUAAGAACCCCAACUUAAGAACUCUCCAAUAAACAUGCUUUAAGGUUGUAAAAGCAAACCCGAAGAACCUGUCAGCAUCCCAUAGUAUAAUUUGAAAAACUGAAGUAAUUUUUUCUGUAUCUUUAAAAUCAUUGAUGAGCAAAAUAUGGUUUACCAACAUGCAAAAGAAAAGCAUAGAUAUGCUCAGAUAUAAUAUUCAUCAGAGCUGCAUGCCAUGGAAAAGAGUAUUACAUAAAUAUGCCUAGAUCAAUUCAGUUUUCUUUGCAUAUUCUAGAAGCCACAUAUCAUAUUUUUAGUGAUUUUAUAUUAACUCUUUGAGUCCAGAAAGAAAGAAAGAAAAACUAAUUUACCCUUACAGUUUAGUAGAACCGAAUCACGCCCAUCACCGUAGCAAUGUCAUUAAAACUGAAUUUCUUUAACCUAACGUCAAAGCAAACAUCUUAUUGAUCUGAAGAAAGGUUGAAAAAAAAGCUAAAAACAUGUAUCGACACUAAUACGGUCUGUGUUACUUUUAAAAUUGUUGGCAAGCAAUUUGUAAAAUCUCGGAUAAGGCACCGAAGAGGCAUCAGUUUAUUCACAACGGUCUCAAGACUACUUUUUCCAAAAGGCAGUCAAAAGAAUAAAUGAUAUCAUUAUGGGAAAUUGUUACACAAAUAAAUCCCUCCCCCUCCCCAAGGCCCAAACGUCUACAAAAGGAAGCCCUAAGAGUCACGAGAGUAAACAAUUCUUUAAAGAGAAAAAAAAAAACUCCAGUGAAAGUUGGAUCCUCUGGUCUCAUAAUUCGUUUUUGUUUGGCAUUUUGAAAAUUAUCUUGUAUUAAUUUUUUUUAAAAUUCAUCUAGUAAAAUGCAGAGUUCUAUUAAGAUUGUGGAUGGAAACACAACGAUCUGCUUAGACGCCGAUAGCUCCAGCUCCAAAACCAUCAACCUCAAAAUCGACGAAGCUCCAACACGUCCAUACAUUGGACAUGACCUUCCUCAUGGUGAUGUCAUGCAGAUUUCUAAAAUGACUGUUGAUGGAAAGACCACUAUCAACAUAGAGGCGGAUUGCUCCAAAAUCAUCAACCUUAAGAUCAAUGAUGACCCUACCCGAUCAAACGUUCGCAAUUGUCAACUCAUGCAGAUUUUUGUGAAGACUUUUACAGGAAAGUUCAUCUCCUUGAAGUGUGAAGACGUUGACACCAUCAAAAACGUAAAGGCCAAGAUCCAGGGUAAAGAGGGCAUUCCGGUGAACAAGCAGAUGCUGAUCUUUGCUAGCAAACAGCUUGAGGAUGGUUGGACUUUGGCUGACUAUAACAUCAAGAAGGACUCGACCAUUCACUUGAUUCAGCGUCGUUAAGACUUGUGGAGAUGCUGGUGCUUAAUAGUGUUCGUGUUUCUCUCCUUUUUUUGUAAGACUUAUGUUAACUAGUGUAGUUAACACACGCAAAAAUCAAGACUUCUUGUGUCUUGUUUUUAUUAAAUUUUUCAUUUUUUUUUUCUCUUUUCUGGUGGCGAUGUUGGUGGUUGAUGUUGUUCGUGUUUCUUGUCUUGUUUUUGUUAAUGUUGUUAUGUAUUUUUUUUUGC